AUGUCGCCACUGGAUAUGGUUUUCCUCCUGGUCGGAUUCCAGCAAGUGAUUGCCAGUGAUUUUUCCGGAAUGAGUUCCGAGUUCAAGCAGUGUGUUCGUGGAUCCCAGAAACCAAAGCUAACUGAAUGCCUGGGUCGAUCUGCCCUAAAUUUUAUUCAGCGACUGGACGAGAGUGAUAAUAUCCGAUUCGUGGAAGAUUUUGUGACUGUUAAAAGUGAAACACCCGCAGUAAGAUCUUUGGCCAAUGUGCUCGAUACAGAUCCAGUUGAUUUUCGUGGUAUUCUGGAGAACGCUGGCGCCGUAAUGGGUCAACGGAGUCUCGAGUGGCACAUGGACGGCCUUUAUCCUGGCCUUAUGUUCAAAAUUGGGCCCACGGCGGAUGCGAACAGCGUGGCUGAGUUCGUCCUGGAUGGAGCUGCUCAGGGAGAGCGGCAAUUCGGAUUCGAGGAGCCAUCAACCGGUCGUCUUGUCGCUAAGCAGUAUUUACUGCCCUUUCUUUUGGGCCUGAAGUUCAAUCUCGUUGCACUUGUUCCUUUGCUUUUCGCUGGCAUAUGUCUGCUCCUCAAGAAGUCAUUAUUCUUGGUAAAGUUGGCGAUAUAUGUGAGCAGCUUUUUGGGACUAGGAGGAAUUAUGGGAGGGCUGGGAGGCUUGGGAGGACUUGGCGGCGGUUUUGGAGGCGCUAAUUUCGCCAGCUUCGGCGGCUCAAACUUUGGCUUCGGUGGCUUUAACGGCCACCGACCAUUGGGCCACUUUCCUGGAAAAACGACGGUAUUUGGGCAAGGCCAGGAUGAGUUCCAUCACCAGUACGACGUGCACGAGGCAUCACCGUACCGUCGAAGUGAACGGAAAAUCAGAUUUGAGCAACCGCGAGUGGCAGAAACGCCGGUUCAAGCAACACCAAGCCACCCAAAACCACCCACUCAAGACCGCUUUUACGACUUUGAAAACCAACGCAGAGCGAGCAACAAACUUUUGGCAGCCAGUGUGGAGCAGGAGGAAGGACACCUGAUGAGAAACUUUCAGGAUCCCCACGGAAUGGAGGGAUGGCAAGCGGUCGAUGUGAGAUCGCUCUAG